CAGCAGUCUUCAUGGGAACAGAGCAGAGGAGGGAACACAGUCACUCUGAUUGAUCAGCAGAUGUGAGCUUAGACAUAUACAACAGGCAUCCAUGCGUAUGUGUGUGUAUGCUGAAGGCAGACGGGCAUUUUAAUCAAGAUUUGGAGUUAGUUGAUCUGAGGAAGGAUCUGGAUCAGCACUUGUGCAGGAGACCAUUUCUGGCUGAACAUUGAAAAUUGAAGGAGCCAUAAGAGGCAUUUGAAAUCAGCAAGAAGCCAAAGAACAUGGGCACCUGCCCCAUCAGAUGUCAAUCCAACCUGACAAUCCUAGAAAAUCCACCUGAACCUGUGUCACCAGCCCCCCAGGAGAGCAUGACUGUAUCCCUCUGCAACUACCCAUCCUUUGGGCAUACAGAACUGACCAUGUGCUUUGGGGAGAGACUCACCAUCAUAUCAGACGAUGGUGAUUUUAUGAUGGUGAGAUCCACAACCACAGGCCGUGAGAGCUACAUUCCCACCAACUACACAGCCAAGGUGACACACAGGUGGCUGUUCAAAGGCAUUGGCAGGUACAAAGCAGUGGAGCUGCUCAUGCAGCCCAAUAACCAGAGUGGAGCCUUUUUGAUCCGAGAGUCAGAGACACACAGAGAUUGUUACUCGCUGUCUGUCCUGAAGAGGUCCAACUCUUCAUAUCUGGACGGUGUAAAGCACUACCGCAUCUCUCACCUCCCAAAUGGCUGGGUCUACAUAUCUCCAGGACUCACCUUCCCCUCCCUGCAUUACCUGGUGGAACACUAUACAGGGGUUGCAAAUGGAUUGUGCUGUCGGUUGACAGAACCUUGCUUCAUCCAGGGUUUUGACGACGCUAGAGAGGCCAUGCCUAUGCCCACAAAUAUCAGGAGGCCUACUAUCAACUGGAAGGACAUUAGCAGGUGUGACAGACUCUCUGCUAAUGUCUCUCUCUUGUCUCUACUGAGGAUUGCCACAAGAUGUCACUCUGUUACUUGUAGUAAAGCAGAGCACCAGCACCUGGUGGCAUCCUGGUCAGAAAACAAUUGACAAAUCCCAUCUUUGUGAGCAUAUUAUUUUCAGUUGCUGUUGACACUGUCAGAAAGUUGUUGAUUCAGCUCUACAGUCAUUUUCAUUCAGUGCUGAGUUAAGUGAGUGAGAAGAGCAUACAAUACCAGCAGAUAAGCCUGUGGUUGCACUGGGUAUCUGCCAGGUUUGACUGUGUUGCCUACAGUAGAUUCUAAUUAUUAAAUACAGGUCAACUUCUGUCCAUUUUCUCACACUAGAUAAAAAUAGUCCUAGACACUGCAUACAUGUUUGGGACAUUGUGGCAAAAGAAAAUUGCAGCACUUUUUAUAACCAAUACUGUGAUCACUUCACUCACUCCUCCACGUCUUUGAAAAUCCUUUUCUGUCUCCAGGUCAGUGAUCUUCAGGAAGAAGAGAGCAGAGUCAGACAACUCUCUGGUGAGCGAGGGGCUGAGGGAGGCCAUCACCUCCUACCUCCAAAUGACAGAGGGCACCAAUCACAGCUGGGACACUUGAACAAAGACAGUGGAUCAGUCUGAGAUUAUGAUGUCGGACAGACAGAUAGAUUGCUGUCAAAUACUGUCUUGUCUCAUCUGCAGUUUUGGCCACUGGAAAAGGUUGUCAGCACGCCCCAAAUGUAGUCUUCGUUGGACGCUCUGGAGGAGGAGGGCUGAGACACUAAGAUGUUUGGAGAUGUGACAUACUGUAUGUCAGCCAGAAGAGUGUAUUUAAAGAGGCACAAGGCGGAGGUGUGAGCUGAAAAUUGAAAAUCAGUGAGACAUUUGUUCUCAUUUGGUUUCAAAAGUUGAAUGUUUCUCUUAAUUUAUAACCUCAUAUGUUUGAUUGCAAUAUGCAAUGUGUUAUUUAUAUUGUAAUAUGAUUAUUGUCAUGGUUAUGUUAUUGGAAUCCAAUGAAGUAUGUUAGCUCUGUGAUAAAUGAACAAAACAAACAUAUAAAACACCUUCACACAAAAAAGUCAACUCAAGGCCAUUAUGGAUUAUGCUCUAAGGACAUCCUACAAUUGCAGGCCUUCAAGUUUGCUGUACCUUCUGCUUGGGACCUUCUUCAAAACUCAUUGAAACUCAGUUUGUUUCAAAUCUUAAGUAUAUGGAUCAGGUGAAUAUUUGUCAGUGCCUUUGUUUAUAAAAUUGAAUGUUGCCUUAUUCAGUCAACUAGGAGGCUUGUGUUUAUUUAUGUCUGUCUAAUUGCUGUCUUUUAUAUGUUUGAAACGUGUCCUUUAUGUUCUUUUAUGCUGCCUCUUAACAAUGUCUCUCUUGCA